AUGAGCACCAAUAAUAAUAAUCAAAAUAAUCAAAAUAAUAAUAAUAAUAAUCAUCAACAUAUAAUCAUGAUUUUGAUUAUUAUCAAUGUCAUUCAAACUCAUUGGGAGGAAAUUCAAAGAUCAAGAUAUCAAGUUGCCAGUCUUCACAGUCCAAGAGACUACUCUGAUGAUCUGGAUGAUUACAUUGAUCAAACUGGAGGUGGUUUUAUUGAAUAA